AUGAAAUCAAUCGCGCGAAGCUUCGUAUACUGGCCGAACAUCGAUCACGACAUACAACAAUAUGUACGGGAAUGUGAACAUUGCGCCGAAGCUGCCAAAACUCCAGUCAGAGUUCCAAUAACACCAUGGCCAAUGCCACAAGGACCGUGGAAAAGGAUCCACAUCGACUUUGCAGGCCCAAUAAACAAUACCUACUGCUUUCUGGUAGUGGACGCAUACAGCAAAUGGCCGGAAAUCAUUGACACGCGAAGUCCAAACGCCGAUUUUGUAAUGUCCACACUUGAAGAUUUGGUUGCACGCCACGGACUGCCGGAAACUAUCGUUAGCGACAACGGUACGCAAUUUACGGGCACUACCUUCAAGACAUUUUGUGAGACAAACGGCAUUCAACACGUGCGAACAGCACCAUUCCACCCACAAUCAAAUGGGUUAGUAGAAAGUUUUGUAGAUACAUUCAAACGAUACGUAAAGAAAGCAGGGAGCGAGACAGUCAACAGGAAACAAAUUCAAAUGUUCUUGGCAAACUACCGUACCACUCCAAAUAGCAGCGCCCUAAGAGGGAAAUCCCCAGCAGAACUAAUGUACGGACGGAACCUCAGAACAACUCUGAGCCUAUUAAAAUCACCAAGCAGUCAGACACCAUCAAAAUUCGUGACCAGCAGCAAAGCCCAGUCCUGGUACAACAGGAAACAUGGAACGAGAGACAGGAAAUACGAGUCAGGAGAACAUAUCUAUAUCAAGUCAUACUCCCGGAACAAAUGGAGAUGGACCCCAGCGAUCGCCAUCGAACCAAGAGGCCGAGUGAUGUACAAUGUACGCACAUCGGACGACAAAAUACGCAGGGUGCAUUUAAAUCAAAUGCGCGCCAGAACAGACGCCAAAAUUGGAAAUAACCAAUCCAUGGGGCAACUCCCAUUCGAUCUUCUAUGCGAGGAAUUCGAACUCUAG